AUGCCGUCCCGCACCGACACCUCUGCACCACGGCCACCACCGCCAUCCGAAGGCUGGCCACCCUUCACGCUUCCCCUCACCGACCUGGUCGCCGGUUCAGCGGCGGGGUCGGCGCAGGUGCUGGUGGGCCAGCCGCUGGAUACCAUCAAGGUGCGCGCGCAGACGGCGGCCGUGGGACGCUUCACGGGGCCCAUGGACGUGCUCCGCCAGACGCUGCGCCACGAAGGCCUCGGCGGCCUGUACAAGGGCAUCACGCCGCCCCUCGUCGGCGUCGCCGCACAGACCUCGAUCCUCUUCACCGCCUUCAACCUCUCCAAACGCCUCGUAUCCCCCCUCUGCCCCUCGAACCUCUCCGUCUCCCAAAUCGCCCUCGCGGGCGGUAUAGCCGGCGGCGUCAAUACCGUCCUGAGCGCACCCAUCGAACUCGUCAAGAUCCGACAGCAGUCCAACUACGACGCCCGCUCCGCUUCCAUGCUCUCCGUCUUCAACUCCCUCCGCCGCGACGUCGGAUGGAAAUCGGGCGUCUACCGCGGCUUCUGGAUCACAUUCUGGAGAGAGAUCCCCGCCUACUCGGCCUUUUACGCCGCCUUUGAAGCCUCGAAACGCGCAUUCGCAGCCACCCUCCACCCCUCGUCGUCGUCGUCGUCGUCGUCGCACCUCGACGCUCCCGCUUCCAUACCCAUCUGGGCACUCAUGCUCUCCGGAUCCGCGGGCGGAAUCGCAAACUGGCUCGCCUCGUACCCCUUGGACGUCGUCAAGAGCCGCGUACAGCUCUCCGACGAACCCCUCGCCCGCGGCGGCAUCGCAGGAUCGAGGUACAUCGCCCACCAGACCGCACACAUCUACCGCACAGAGGGCCCGCGCGCCUUUGUCCGCGGCCUCAGCCCCACCCUCCUCCGCGCCAUCCCCGCCGCCGCGGCCACCUUUACCACGUUUGAACUCGUAAAGCGCUUCCUCGACGCCUAG